AUGCGGGGAUGGGCGUAUCGAGCACGCGGCACGCCGGCGGAAGUGUUGAAAUUCGAAGUCGACCUGCCACAAGCAAGCCCCGAGUCGCUGGGUCCACAUGAAGUCCUCGUGCAGGUAAAAUAUGCAGCGCUGUUUCAGGGCACGGCAGCGAUGAUGGCGAUGAUGCCGCACUUCAACGACAAGGCGUGGGUCCCGGAGAAUGCGUAUUCCGGUGUCAUUGUUGCUACGGGAGCGAGGGUCGAGCAUGUCGCGGUCGAUGAUGAUGUCUUCGGUGGCUUCGCAGCGGAUGUGUCCAGGAAGUAUGGUGGCGUGCUUGCUGAAUAUGUCGUCUUGCCGGAUCAUGUGGUGGUGCGGAAGCCGCGGAACGUCUCGCUGAGAGAUAUCGCUGGCAUGGGUGCUGGUGGAGUCACAGCCAUGCAGUUUGUUGAGGUCACAAAGCUGAAGCGCGGUGAUCGGGUUUUGAUCACUGGUGCGUCUGGUGGGACGGGCACGUUGGUCGUCCAAGCGGCGAGGGCGGCUGUUGGAGGUGAAGGGCUUGUAGUUGGGACGUGUUCGGCGGCUAAUGAGCACUUGGUGAAGGAACUUGGAGUCCAUGAGGUCAUCGAUUACAAGCAGCACCCGGUCCUCCAUGAAUACCUCUCGGAUCAAUACAGUUCUCGUCCAUUUGACGCCAUUAUCGACAUGGUGGGUGAGGACAACUCCAACGUAAAGAACUCGUCUGCCUACCUGAAGGCCGAUGGGAUUUUUGUCUUCGGAGGGAAUAUGCCCCUGAUUCAUGGAGGCGGAACGAUCCUUGAGAUGAUACGUUGGUUCAUCGGCAUCAAAAUUGCUCAGACGAUGCCGCUGUUGCUGGGCGGUAUGCCACGAAAGUGUCUGAUGCAUUCCGGAAAGAUUUCGAAAGAAGCACUGGAUAAACUUGUGGUGUUUAUCGAAGAUGGGAGAAUGAGGCCAGUGCUAGACAGCGUCGUUGAGAUGGAUCAAGUCUUACAAGGAUAUUCGAAACUUGCUACUUCACGGGCCCGAGGGAAGCUCAUUGUCCAUGUACAAGACUGA